AUGAAUUACGGUGCCCCCUCAUUUCCACAGAUGCCAUCAGUGGUCUAUCCUCCACCACUUCAAUACGCAUCACAACAACCAGUACUACCAAUUAUUCGUCCACUACCACCUCCACCGCCGCUGCUUCGACCUCCUCCACCGCCUCCACCGCAUCAACCUAUUACCUAUGUGGCUCAGCCAAGUAUAAUUCAAGCCCAUGGAGAGUACGUUGGACCUGCACUACCUCCUCAAUCGCCUCCGCCACCAGUCUACAUCACUCCUGCUCCAGUCUAUGUCACAACGCCAUCACCGCCAAUAUGCUGGAUGGACGAAGAAGGAUUUGAGUGCUGUUCAAUACCUCUCCAAACGCUUAUGAGAGAUUUCCUGAACAGCCAGCAAGCUCCUCGAGGUUGUAAUAUGCAGAAAGUCGCAAACCAGCUGCAGAUGAUGGCUCAAAAUCAUUUCAACUUCUCAUUCGAAUCGACGGUUGCUCAAUCGCAAAUGGCGAGUAAAUUCCAAUUCAGGGCAAGGUUGAUGUGCAAAGUUCGAUCGAAUGAUGGGAAGAUUGCCCUGUUGUUCGCUACUCCAAAUCAAUAUUCUUUGGAACCGUCUGAGUACCAUCCAUUGACUCCACUCGAAGAAGAGGGAAAGGGUUGGACUGAGACUGAAAAAGAAAUUUGGAGUAGUGACGAUCCACGACUAUUUACAGCAGGUCUGGGCUCGAAAUCGUGA